CAAAUUUUUUGGCUAUAUAGUAACAUCUUUGUUUCAGGCUACAUUUGCAUGUUUUACAACACUAUUUAACAAAUUUUCAGCACUGUGGGGUUCUGUGUGACUGUCUAGCAGAAAGAAGAAGAAGUUUCUGCUUGUCAUUUUGGGGAUCUCAUAUUUUGCCGCAAAACGCAACAAAUUUUGCCAAGAGCUGUGCAAAUAGCUAAAUCGCUGAUCAGGAAGCAGAUAUCACCUGGCAACCAGCAAGCGGCGCUUUGACUAAGGAAAUCCCAGCCAGAUUACAGAAAAAAAACACAAAACAAAGAUGCCGUCGUCGGAGGUGAGCGUAAACAAAGUGAUAGUGCAUCCGCUGGUGCUGCUGUCCGUGGUGGAUCACUUCAAUCGCAUGGGCAAGAUCGGCAACCAGAAACGCGUCGUGGGCGUCCUCCUUGGGUGCUGGCGCUCCAAAGGAGUCCUAGAUGUGUCGAACAGUUUUGCAGUGCCCUUUGACGAAGACGACAAGGACAAGUCGGUGUGGUUCCUGGACCACGAUUACCUAGAAAACAUGUACGGCAUGUUUAAGAAGGUCAACGCCAGGGAGCGCGUUGUGGGAUGGUACCACACUGGUCCCAAAUUGCAUCAGAACGACAUUGCUAUCAAUGAGCUCAUCCGCCGCUACUGUCCCAACUCCGUGCUGGUCAUCAUAGAUGCAAAGCCCAAGGACCUGGGUCUGCCCACAGAGGCGUACAUCUCAGUAGAGGAAGUUCAUGACGAUGGCUCGCCCACCAGCAAGACCUUCGAGCAUGUGCCUAGCGAAAUCGGAGCGGAAGAGGCGGAGGAAGUGGGUGUUGAGCAUCUCCUGCGCGAUAUCAAGGACACGACGGUGGGCAGCCUGUCGCAGAAAAUUACCAACCAGCUGAUGGGUCUGAAAGGACUGAAUGCUCAACUGCGCGACAUCAAGCAGUAUCUGCAGCGCGUCGGCGAUGGCAAGAUGCCCAUCAACCACCAGAUUGUGUACCAGCUGCAGGAUAUCUUCAACCUUCUUCCGGACAUCACCAACGACCAGUUCACGGGCACCAUGUACGUGAAGACGAACGAUCAGAUGCUGGUUGUCUACCUGGCCUCCAUGGUGCGGUCGAUCAUCGCUCUCCACAAUCUGAUCAACAACAAGCUGGCGAACCGCGACGCCGAGGAGGGCAAGAGCGACAGCAAGGACUCGAAGGAGAAGAACAAGGAGAGCAAAGACAAGGACAACAAGGAAACCAAGGACAAGGAUGGUAAGAAGUCCGAGGAGAAGACCGACAAGGGCAAGGAAGAGGCCGGUAAGGGGUCGCGUAAAUAGGAGCGAAAGAAGAAGCGCAAGCCCCGUCGCAAGCGAAGGAAGCAGGCGCCGCAGGAUUAAAUUCGUCAUCGAGUUCACCAAUCAUCCCUGCACCUUUAUCGUUUCCACAAAAUCCUUUAAAUGUAUGCUCCCUGUUUAAUAGUUUGCCAGCUACGCGUACUACUAACUACCGGCAAGUUUAUGUAAUUAAAAAUUAAAUAAUUUAAAAUA